GUUCUCGGAUUGGCACUGGCAAAGGGAGGCCCAUGUGGAGCGUCAAUGAGCGGGCUGUGACCUGAAACGCUUUAGCAAGCUUCCACUUGAUAAUUUUGUCCUGUGAAUGGUUAUUUGCACAUUUUUUCCAGAAUGCUGCUAGAAGCUAAGGACGGUGAAGAGACGGUCGUGUUUAAAGCGGCUGCCGCAUCUGUGCAGGUUCUGGUGGAGCCCGUGGGCCGCUGGUUUGAGGCGUACAUUCGGAGGAGAAACAGGAACUUGUCGGCCUCGUUUCAAGAACUGGAAGAGGAAGAGGAGUCGUCAGAGGAUGAGGAGGAUGAGGAACUUCAGCUUGAGGAGCACCCCAUGCUCCGAACUCUUGACCCUAAAGAUUGGAAGAAUCAAGACCACUACGCUGUCCUCGGGCUGCCUCACCUGAGAUACAAAGCAACGCAAAGACAGAUCAAAGCUGCUCACAAAGUGAUCGUGCUGAAGCACCAUCCAGACAAAAGGAAAGCUGCAGGAGAACAGAUUGUUGAAGGAGACAACGACUACUUCACCUGCAUAACGAAAGCGAUCGAGAUCCUGUCGGACCCCGUGAAGAGGCGAGCCUUUGACAGUGUCGACCCCACCUUCGACAACGCCGUGCCUUCCAAGAGCGAAGGCAAAGAACAUUUUUUCAAGGUCUUCUCUCCUGUUUUUGAGAGAAAUGCCAGAUGGUCUUCCAAAAAGUCCGGGCCCAGUCUGGGAUCCUUAGAGUCAUCUUUUGAAGAGGUGGACAGUUUUUACACUUUUUGGUACAACUUUGACUCUUGGAGGGAAUUCUCUUACCUGGACGAAGAGGAAAAGGAAAAAGCCGAAUGUCGAGAUGAACGGAGAUGGAUUGAAAAGCAGAACCGAGCUUCCAGAGCUCAGAGGAAAAAGGAGGAGAUGAACAGGAUCCGCACUCUAGUUGAUACGGCGUACAGCUGUGACCCAAGGAUAAAGAAAUUCAAAGAAGAAGAAAAGGCGAGGAAAGAGUCUGAGAAGAAAGCAAAAGUUGAAGCCAAGAAGCGAGAGCAGGAGGAGAAGGAGAAGGCGCGGCAGGCGGAGCUGGAGGUGGUUCGCUUGGCGAAGGAGAAGGAGGAGGAGGAGGCCAGGCAGGCAGCCCAGCAGGCAAAGAAGGAGAAAGAAAUCCAAAAGAAAGCCAUCAAGAAGGAGAGGCAGAAGCUGAGGACCACCUGCAAGAACUGGAGUUAUUUUGCUGACAGUGAAGCUGACAGUGUGAAAAUGAUGGAAGAAGUGGAGAAACUCUGUGACCGGCUGGAACUGACGAGUCUGCAGUCCCUGAAUGAAAUCCUGGCCUCAGGCUCCAAAGAGGAGAGCAAGGCAGCGAUAGAGAAGCAGGUGGAGGAGGUGAACAUCCAGCUGCAGAAGGAGAGGGAGGCCGAGGCUCAGGCCAGGCAGGCGGCUCGCAGCACGGAGCAGGCCAGCGGGGGAGGGGGAGGAGGGAAGGGUUGGAACGAGGAAGACCUGCAGCUGCUCAUCAAAGCUGUCAACCUUUUUCCUGCUGGAACCAACGCCAGAUGGGAAGUUAUUGCCAACUACAUGAACUUGCACUCGACCAGCAGCACGAAGAGGACAGCCAAAGAUGUCAUCAACAAGGCCAAGAAUCUCCAGAAACUCGAUCCUCUACAGAAAGAUGAGAUCAACAAAAAGGCCUUUGAGAAGUUCAGGAAGGAGCACACGUGCGUGCCGCCCUCCAUCGACAACGCCAUGCCCUCAGAGAGAUUCGAUGCCUCUGGUGGUGAAGGUAAUGCUGCCCCCUGGACCACAGAGGAACAGAAACUUCUGGAGCAGGCCUUGAAGACCUACCCAGUGAGCACACCUGAACGGUGGGAGAAGAUCGCCGCUGCAGUGCCCGGACGAAACAAGAAGGACUGUAUGAAGAGGUACAAGGAACUGGUGGAGAUGGUUAAAGCCAAGAAAGCUGCUCAGGAACAAGUGGCAGCCAAGAAUAAAAAAUGACAAGAACCACA